CUGUGAAAGCGCAAUGUCCGAACAACUAUGGAAAGAAGAUUCCAAAUUAUCAAAAGGGAUGACUGUGCCGGGCAUGCCCUUAAACCCAACGAUUUCAAAACACAAAGCAAUAAAAAGACAUUAACCAAUAUCUCUUCAAAACACUAAUAAUAGUAAGAUAUUGAUUUUAAUGAAUUGUUUUGCAUGUUGGAACCAGUGAGACUUGUUUCAAUUCUCUUCUCACCCAUAUAUGCCCACCAAAAAAAGUGUCAUCUUCGUCUUCUCAUCUUUCCAGUGUUUGCCACUUUCACUUGUUUACCCAUUUCAUUAUUAGAGAUUUUUGGACUGUAUAUUCAGGAAUUUAGGACCAUACAGUGCACUGCUGGUAGCAGUUUUCAGUCUCACUUCAGACCUAUAUAAUCUAUCUGGCGCCUCUUCGAACCCAAAUGGAUUAAAGUUCUCUGAUUUUCCUUCUCUCUUCAACAAUGGAGAUGGGGAAGAUGGGGGCGAUGGGUUCUUCUUCUUCUUCUUCUUCUUCUUCUUCUUCUUCAAGUGAAGGAGGAAUGGUUGAUCAUCCUCCGAUUUCUCAAACCCAGAGACGCAAGGCUGGACUCAUCACCAUGCCCUUCAUUAUAGCAAAUGAGGCACUUGCCAGGGUGGCUAGCUUAAGGAUUGUCCUUAACAUGGUUCUGUAUCUGAUGGGCGAUUAUAGACUUCAUAUGGCUUCAGCCACAAGGAUACUCCUAUUAUCCUCUGCUGCUGGCAAUUUAACUCCUUUGGUCGGUGCUUUUCUCGGUGAUUCUUAUCUGGGUCGAUUCCUCGUUGUUGGCUUAGGGAAAAACACUCUUGUUGCUAGCAGUCAUGAUCCCACAGGCAAGACCUCCCCCUUGCAGCAACCCAGCAACAGAAAUGUGUACCUUUGCAACAUUAGGGCAAAUGAUUCUCUUAAUCUCUUGCUUUGCUCUCUUGAACAUUGGAACUGGUGGGCUCGGGUGCUCCUUAGCAUUUGGUGCAGACCAAGUGAACAGAAAAGCAACCCUAAUAACUAGAGACUUGGAGAUAUUCUUCAGCUGGUAUUAUGCUUCUACUGCUGCUUCUUUCGUACUUGCCUUCACUGCAAUAGUGUUGUAUCCAAGAUCAUUUUUUAUGGAAAUUUUGGAGUUCCUGCUGCACUUAUGUUCUUAUCAACCUUCUUGUUCUUCCUUGCUUCCCCACUUUACAUAAGGUAGAAACCAACAGCUAGCUUGAUCACUAGCUUCUCACAUGUCAUUGUCGCGUGGCAUAAGAACAAAAAACUUCAGCUUCCACCCACUAGCUCAGCUGCAAGGCACCAUCAUAAGGAGGGCCCAGAUUUCCUUGUUCCAUCUGAUAAAUUAAGGUGAUAUAAUUUAUCAAAGCUCCCAUUCUUAAUUAUGAUCUUUUGUUCAUUGUUUUAAUCAUGAGCUAAUGUGUAACACUAGGUGACACUUUUUGAUGGACCUCAAGGCACUGAUGGCCACAAAGCUUGAAGAUGGUGUGCAAUCUCAAGAGGAAACUCUAGGCGUGAAGGAACAAGCUCAAGGAGUCCAACUAUCCAAGUCCAACAUGCCAAAGUAUCCACUACAACAUAUGGGAGGCUCAAUGACAAGAGUUCGAACCAAAGUUAUAAAGUAAGUCUUAUUUUGUCUUGUGCAAGAUGUCCAAGAACUCUUGAAGCACGCCCCUCAAGCCCAAAGAAGACCCCUUAGACGUGUUCAAUAUUCUAGAGAUCCAAGUCUAAGAAGGCCUAAGUCCAAGUGGUCAAAACCCUAGCCCAUUCAAUGGAAGACUUGGCACUUAAACCUAGUAUUAUGGGAGUCAAGAUACAAUCUAAUUUUGAAGCAUAAGAGGUGUGAUUUUGCUUAGAUUGAAGAUCCCUUGAUUGCUUCAAAUUGGUUUCCUAUUUUUGCAAGACUUUGACUUGAUUCCUUUUCUUUAGAAUCAAGAUAUUAGUUUAAUAUUUUAUUUAGUCUUUUGUUUCCUACUUUUAGUCUAGUCAAAGAUUAGGGUUAAUUAGGAUAUUCUCCAAUAGUGUAAUCUCAUAAUUUUAGAAGAUACAAUUUCUAAAUUAUGUGGUUGAAUUUUUAUUAUUUUUGUCUAAAACUAGGGUUUUAGAAAUUAGGGUUUUGUGUCUUGAGUUGCUUAUAUAUGGGCAUGAACUCCUUCUUGUAAUGCCAAGUUUGAUUUGACUAAUAAGAGUGAUUUUUAUUUCUAGAA